GAUAACUUCUGUUCUGCAUUACCCUGCUUGCUUGUUGUGUCAUGGCUGUGUCAGUUGUUGGUUUCGAUAUUGGCUCUUUGACUUCCUACAUUGGUGUCGCUAGAGGUGGCGGAGUCGAAGUGAUUACAAACGAGUAUAGUGAGAGGGCUACACCGUAAGUCUCCUGUGUUGUUGAUCUUCUCAGAACAUGUGUUGCUUUUUCCGGGGAAUUAGUCCUUGUGGGAACAGCUGCCAAGUUACAACAAGUUAUGAAUAUCCAGAAUACUUUUACAAGCUUUACUCGGCUGCUCGGAAAGUGUCUGUCAGACUCCUCAGUUGUGAACGAAAGAAAGUUCAUAACCCAUCAAGUUGAAUCAACUCGUGAUGGUCGCAUCACACUUUCGGUAAGUCUUUUCAUUUAGCUGUUUCAUUUUGUCGAGGCUUUUCUGAAAGGCCAAAAAACUCCUUUUGCUCCUGAGCAAAUUUUGGCAAUUCAAAUGAAUAAACUUAAGGAAAUUGCAGAGACUACUAUUGGUUCUAAAGUGGUUGAUGUUGUUGUCAAUGUUCCUACUUACUACACAGAUGCCGAACGAAGAUCUGUAUUAGAUGCCACAAAAGUGGCAGGAUUAAACUGUGUAAAGCUAGUGAAUGAUAUAACUGCAAUUGGUACCGCGUACGGGUUUUACCACACAGACUUACCACCAGCUGAUCAACAGCCGAAAAUAGUGGCAUUUGUCAGUGUUGGUUAUAGUACUACGCAAGUUGGUAUUUGCAGUUUCAACACAGGCAAGAUGAAAGUCCUUGCAACUACGUGUGAUGCUUUUCUUGGUGGUCGGGAUUUUGACGAAAGGCUUUUCAACAAAUUCGCUAGUGAAUUUCAGCAACAGUACAAACUAAAGGGUUCACUAUCAUCAAAAGCGACUAUAAGGUUGCUUCAGGAAUGUGAAAAGCUCAAGAAGUCAAUGAGUGCUAAUUCCUCGGAGUUACCAAUCAACGUCGAGUCCCUAGCAGAAGAUCGAGAUUUAGCGAAUAAGAUGAAGCGGACUGAUUUCGAAGAAUUGUGCUCGGAUCUCUUGCAGCGAUUUCAAAUGUUGUUUACAAAAUGUCUUGAUGUGGCUAAGUUGAAAACGGAAGAUGUACACUCAGUGGAACUUAUUGGUGGUAGUUCACGUAUACCUAUGAUAAAGAACGUUGUCGCAUCUGUCUUCAAACAAGAAGGCAAGACUAGCUUAAAUGCCGAUGAAGCUGUCGCUCGUGGAUGCGCAUUCCAGGCAGCUAUCUGCUCCCCAGCUUUCAAGGUGAAAGACUUCACUGUCAUUGAACAAUGUCUGUAUCCUAUUAUAAUACAAUUUGAUCAAGAGGAAGGUAACGAACAGUGCAUGCAAACUGAAGAAAUUGAUGGUACAUUAACGACACAAGGCAAAAAUAUGUGCAUCGAAGUUUUUCCUUUUCUCCAUCCUAUUCCUUCUUCACGUCAGAUUGUCCUUUUACGACAUGGUGUUUUUACUUUGGAAGCUCGGUACGCGAAUAAAGAUAGCUUACCAAACCAAAAUAUUGUCAUUGGGACUUUCAGAAUAGGAGACGCUUCUCAAGUAUUCACAGAGCCUCGUAAAAUCAAGCUUAAAAUGCGUAUGAAUACCCAUGGUAUUUUCAAUAUUUCACAAGCACAAUUAAUAGAAGAGUAUGAAAAGGAAGUUGAAGUUAGUGUUUCUGAGGACAAUCCUGUAGUUGAUGGACCUCCAAACUCCAAACAGGAAGUAACCACAGCUAGCAACGGAGAUACUGAGAGUCAGAAUCCCCCGGUGGAUUCCAACCAAACAAACAUGCAAGAUUCUACUUCACCAAAAAAGAAGACAGUGAUGAGAAAGAAGAAAUUCACCAAGUAUCAUGAUUUGAGCAUUGAAGUUAGUAAUAUGCAGUUCACUACAAAACAGCUCAAUGAGUUUUGUGAAAUUGGGGCUAAUCUCAUUCAACAGGACAAACUGGAACGAGAACGAGUCAAUUCCAAAAAUGCAGUUGAGGAGUAUGUUUAUGAAAUGCGGUCUAAACUUCAAGGACCAUUAAAUCCGUUCGCUUCACCUGCUGAGUCAGAAUCACUACUUCAGUUAUUAGAUGUGACAGAAGAGUGGUUGUAUGGUGACGGUGAGAGUUUAAAACGUCACGUUUAUGUAGAAAAGCUCGCCGAGUUAAGGAGCAAGGGAGAUCCAAUCGUCCAUCGAGCGAACGAACAUCUUAAUCGUCCUUUAGCCGUUGACAACUUCAAUCGAUCACUUGUGCGUAUAAGGAAAGUGCUAGACAGUAUUGCAGCUGGAGAACCAACUUAUGACCACUUAACACAGGCGCAGGUUAAUCAGCUGGAAGAUAUGAUAGUACAGUAUGAGACCUGGUUGAACCAGCAAAUGAUGCAACAAAAUCCUAGACCACAAACUUCAGAUCCUGUAGUUAAAGUUACAGAUAUCGUAUCUCAACAGCAAGCCAUGGAAUCAGUGUGUCAUCCAAUUAUCAAUACUCCAAAGCCUCCAACGGCGUCUCAUACAAAUAAUACUCCAGACCUUAACUCUCAAAAUUCUGGACAGUCCAACGAUGUGAAUAAUCCAAACACAAAUUCUAACCCCGGAACAAAUCAUUCCAAAAAGGGUGCUGAUGAUGAACAAAAUAUGGACUUAGAUUGAUGGGAGAUAUGACUUAUUUCUUUGAAAUCUUAUAAUGUUUCAUUCAGCAUUUUGUCCAAUUCUUCAUUGUUUGACUUUUGUUAUGACUUUCUAAGUGGGUUCUGUAUUAUAAAGCGUUACAGAGCGGCUUCUCACUCCUCAUCGGCAUGAAUAUGAAUGGUAGGACAAAAAGUCUAGAGAAUUUUCUAGACUUUCACUUUAAUGCAAUGCCCCGAAGAGUUUUUGAACGUUCCCCGCUUGAAGUCUCCUGAUGGUCUCAGUGUUCUCUUUUAGCCAGAGCACUUCAUUCGGGACAAUUGUCUAGAUGUAUCCCAUUUCCGCCCUCUGAUGUGUUGGAUAUGUACGUUUGGUCAAUACUGGUUUAUUCGUAAAGUAGUUCUGCCACUAACUUCCUUCUUUAUGUCAUUCGAGUACUUAGUUCGCUAUUUCGUAACGUUCUCUGGGUUUUAUGGCCGUUUACUACGAAUAUUCAAACUUAUUAGUGGGAAAUUAUAUUUGAAUUAAUCUCAGCAAUUUAAAUAAUCCGAACGUUUCGUCCAGC